GUUCCAUUCCAGACGCAAAGCGACCCCUAAGCAUGAGCUCUUCAAACCAGCGCUACAUUAAAGGCCGUGCGGCUGAUGCUGUCAACACCCUCCAAGAGGCCUGUGCUAUUUUUGAACGAACCAUUAAUUCUUCGGUCGAUCAGAGUUUUUCUGAGCACGACGAAAAUGAUCUCAAUCAAUCCAAGCGUCGGAAAUUCGAAGAAACUCCAGAGGAUAGAAUUCGCGCUCUCAAGGACAAACUUCUCAAAUGCCAGACGAAACUGAUAGCUGCAGAAACUGAUAAGGAAAUGCAACUUUCCCUCUUCCACAAGGACACGCUGGAAAAAGACGAGCAGCUGCGAAAGUUGAAGAACCUGCUCGAGGAUGCUACGAAAGAAAGAGAAGCGACAGUGAAAAUUAAAAAGCAGAUCGAAGCAACUCUUGAGAAAGAAAGAUCGGAAUGGGAGUCAAAGCAGAACAGCCUCCAGCGGGAAGUUCAACUACUGCAGAAACGAUCGGACGAGCUCGACGCAAAACGGAAUGACUUGUCGACAGCUCUGGAAAGAGAGAGAACCUCGCAUACGGCCCGACGCUCCUCGGGCCAGAAGGAAAUUUUCGAGCUCCAGCGACAGCUGAUCGAGGCUCAGACUGGAUUCAGCGAAGCUAAUGAGAAAAAUUUCCUGCUCGAGGAAAACCAGCGUCUUAAAGAUUCUGAAAUCGCUCGUCUAUCGAGUGAGCUCUCCAGGAUCACGUCAGAGCUGAAUGAUCUGAAGACGAAGGUGGAGGAGAACGAGUGGGCGACGAAUGUUGUCGAGAACGCAAAAAAUCUCGAGGAGAAGAUGAAAAUAAUGGCACAGUGGGAAACCGAGAUCAUCCAGCUACGGAAGGACAAUGAGAAACUGCGGCAAGACCGAUCGAAUGUUUCGCUGAUGAGGGAGAAACUUUUCAUGCUGGAGAAUAUCAAGGAUUCCGCGAACAGAACCCGUGAGCGAUGUGCCGAGCUCGAGUGCGAUCUUCAAGUAAGCCAACGACUCUGCCAGGAAUGGGAGCAAGGCUUCAAUCAGAUUGACGCAUCAUUGAACUCACCGGAAGCCGUUCUGAAACGCAUCCAGAAGCUCCAGGCUAGCGAGAUGUGCCUCCUUGAGGAGAACAGUAAACUCAAAACCGAGUUGGCUCUCUUAGAGAAUGGUCAGCGAUUGGAGAGUAAAGAGGCCAAGACAAUCAAGCGUCUUGAGCGCAAGUUACGCUUGAUCGCCAAGGAGCGGGACUCCUACAGGAGCGUUCUCGACUCCUACGAGAACGAUGUGACUAUCAACCCGGUCUCCAUGCAGAGCAGAAGGGUCGCGACUCUCGAAUCCUUCGUCGAGGAAUACCGCAAGCUCAUCAGCGAACUCGAAGCCGACGGAUGUCAUCGUGCGAAGCAGACUGCCACAGUCGAGGUCCAGACAGAAUCGGCUGGGCAACAGAACUACGAUGAUGGGCUCCGACUGAUUCACUUCAGAAUGAAUCCCCUGGAUAUAGCCCAUCAAGAGAGAAUCGAUCAACUCAAGGAGAUACAGAAGGAGAACGAUUUCCUCCGGGCGAGAGUGAAAGCUCUCGAAGAACGCGGGGUAGCCGACCAGAGUGUUCCCGACUUGUCUUUGUCCGAGUUGAUGAAGGACGACCCUCGGAAACUACGAACGGAAUUAGAAGCUGCCAAGAAGCGUCAAGAGAGAAUUAUGGCCGCUUUCAAAAAGACAUCCAAAGAAUUUCGACAAGCUGUCUACUGUCUUACCGGUUAUCGAAUCGAUAUGACAGCUAAUCGUUGCGUGCUCCGUCACGUUUACGCGGACCAUCCCGAUGACCAACUGGAGUUCGAAAUUGCUGAGAACGGAUUUCUACAUCUUCUCAGUAAUGAAUACUCGCUCAAACUGGAUCAGCUGACGAGUACCUAUCUCAGGGACAUGGAUUCGAUUCCUGCGUUUCUUUCGGCUCUCACAUUGCAAUUGUUCAAUUCUCAAACUGUUAUGCAAAUAGAACAGCCAUCAAUGUUUGUCAUGAAUUAAUGUAGGAGAAAUCAUCCGCGCCAUCGAUCCGCCGUGAAGACGGGAGCAUUCCGAAGUAAAAUAAAGAAUAUUACGUCACCUCUGGGCGCUGAUUCCCCAGGGACUGUGAUCUACUG